CAGGUUUACAUAGGAGAUCGAUAAUGGAAUAGAAACUGUAACAAACGUAUCCCCAGCAAGCCAUUUAAGUUUUAUUCAUUCAAACAGUUCUGUCAAAGUUAAAACUGGCAUACGCUGCCGCUCUAUUUUAUAUAUAUUUGAAACACGAAUUUCCACAAUGUCCGAUUCAGAGGAGCAGCAAUUGGAUCAAUUUUUCAGGGAAGAUGCCAGGACAAUACUUUCUAUGAGUUUUCUGUUCCCGAAAUCUGUGCGUGAUAUGAUACGAAUGUGGUUUACUACUUUCUAUAAAAUGGGCGGAAAUUUUCUGGAUAAGCAAAUGCGUAAUCAAUAUGCUGCCCAUAUGUUAAUGCAGCUGGAGGUUAAACGAGGACUAUCAAAGCCAUUUGAUGAACCUGCUCCUGACCAUAUUAAUAUUCCACUGGUCAAAGUUUUAAGUACUGAUGACUACAUAAAUUUUUUCGAAAAAUGUGAAAAAUAUUACCGUCUGAAAAAGCGUCCUGACAUAGAAUCUCAACCUGGAUGUUUGCAAAUGCACCCUGCAGAAUUUUUGUAUAGUUCGCCACCCAUUACUACAGGAGUUGUUGCAUACGGCGCCUGCUUUAGUAAGGACACACAGUGAUGGCGCCAUCGAUCGUUCGUAAUUACUGCUCAGACUCAACAACAGAGACAGCCGGUGAAGCUAAAAUCAUUUAUUUGUAUCACGUAUUUCAAGCUGAAGAAAACAUGGGCGGCUUCGGCCAUAUUCGAAUGUAA